AUGGACAGUAUCGCGAGAAGAUUCCCCUACUUGGUGGAGCAGAAGCCAGAGGAUGGCGAUGAAGAUGCCCAAGCCGCAAAAAUCGAGUGGAAGAUAGUUCAGGAUGAUGUUGAGAAACCGUUUGUAGCAUCAGCACUAGAAUUUGUGCCAUUGCCGGUAACAACCAGCGCUGUUAACCAUUACUUUGAUCUUGUUACGUGUUUGCCUCCUGGAGUGCUUACUAAGAUUGCUAUUCUGUGCGCAGCUAUUUCGAAGUCUGGUGCUGGACAAGUUGACCUACUUAUACUAGAAGCAAACUCUUUGCAUGGAGUUAGUCUUGAUGCUAUCAAGAGGAUCCAUCCUAAAAGAGCUCUGUUGAUUGGAAUGAGGCAUUUUUUUGAGCAUCAGAGAGAAAACCAGAUGUUGGCAGAAUGGUCUAUCAGGUAUGUCCGUGUGUAG